AUGCACGAGAGGCGCUCCUGUCAUGAGAUGUCACUGGCACUGCGUGUCCACUUGGUGCUGUUUGCUCUGUUGAGUGUGGCGUUGGGAAAAAAGGCCGGAAGCGCUCGGCUCUACAGUGGCUGGAAAGGUCCUUCGGGGACUUCGUCGGGACACUCUGGUUCAUCAGGCUCCUCAGGUGGAAACGCUGGGUCCACAGGUUCCAGCGGGGGGUUUAGUUCGUCGAAUUCCGGGGGCGGGUUUGUCUCUGGCUCGCGUCCAGUGCCUGGAUCAGGGAGUCUCGGGUCUGGGAGCGCCGGGACCCUCACUUCUGCAGGAGCUUCUGCCGCUUAUUCGGGGGGACUUGGAAGUUUUGGAGCCGCGGGAUCGGCUUCAGGGAGCUUCGCUUCUGCGGGAACAAACCCAGGGGGCUUCGUGUCUAGUGGGUCUGCAGCAGCGAGCUUCGCGAGCGGAGGAUCAGGAGGAUUCGGGGCUGCAGGAUCGGCCUCGGGAAGCUUUGUUUCAGGAGGCCUUGGGGCUGUCUCUGCAGGAUCUGGGUCCGCGGCAUUCGGCGGCCAUGCUUCCGGAGGUUUCGGUACAGGAGCUACUUCAGGAAACUAUGUAUCUGGGGGGUAUGGUUCUGGAAUUUCCGGGUCAGGAGGGUCCUCCUCAGGAGGCUUUGGGUCUGGGGGUUCUGGUUCUGGAAAUUUUGGGUCUGGGGGUUCCGGAAACUUUGGAUUUGGAGGUUCUGGAGGCCAUACUUCUGGAAAUUUCGGAUCUGGAGGGUCUACGUCAGGAGGUUUUGGCUCGGGAGGAUCGACGUCAGGAAACUUUGGUUACGGAACACACGCAAACCUCGUUGCUGGGGGAUCUUCAACAGGACCUUCCUCCUGCCGGUACUGGUGCAAGAACUCUUCGAACCAGUUGUACUGCUGUGAGAACUCCGGACAAGGAACGAGUAAUGUGGAAGUGCACCCGGGAAGAUGUCCAGCCGUGCGUCCACAGUGCCCCGAUACGCGCCACCUUCCGCCCAAGACUUGCAGCAACGAUGGAUCUUGCAACGCGCAAGACAAAUGUUGCUUCGACAACUGCGUUCAAUUGCAUGUAUGUAAACCUGCUCUGAAAUGUCGAAGGCCGCCAAGAGAGUUGCAUGAGCUGGUUUUGGGGAACGCAGCUGCAGUGGCUCGCUUCCAAAAAGCAGAAACCACGUCCUUUGUGAUGGAACUACUGCAGAUGAACAAGAUGGUGAUAUACUUCGCAUUAAGUCACUAUUUCUUUGAGAGUGUGGGAGAGUAUCUUGUUAAUGUUUGCAUUUUGUCACCAAUUAUAUUCUUAUAA